AUGGUGAAGGAUCCAAAAAUUGAUGAUGGUGAUGGUAAAAUCGAAGAGCAUCUACCAGCCGAUAGCCGCGGUCGUCGGAACUUUGAUCUGCAUCAAGUCUUCCUGUGGCGUAACAUUAAGGCAGAGGCAGGAGGUUGUCAGAUUGAACUUCAUUUUCAUAAAUCUGGUGAUAUUCCGGAGGAAGCACCAUACUCACGACAUCGAGGACUAGCUUCAAUCAACUAUCGGCAGAUUCGAGAAUGGCUCCACGAGUGCAAAAUGAACCAUACUGCUUGUAUUACUUCGUCCAAUAACGCUUGGUAUCCAACAAGACUCUUAGAUCUGGGUCAUGGUCGAACGAUAACGAAACUCAUCGUCACUCAACAUGAGGAGCUGACAGGACCUUACAUGACACUUAGCCAUCGCUGGGGAACCUUUCCAUACGAAAAGCUUACCACACAGUCGGAACACCGUUUCAAGUGCUCCAUCGAUCUUCAGAGUCUACCACGACUAUUUCAACAAGCAAUCGAAGUCGUCCGUCAGCUUCAGGUUCGCUACCUCUGGAUCGACUCACUUUGCAUUAAGCAAGACAAAGAGUGUGGAGACUGGGAUGUAGAGGCUCUGAAGAUGGGUCAGGUAUACGCCAACUCAUACUUGAACUUAUCCGCAUCGUACUCAGCCGAUGCUGAGGAAAUAGACCCAGAGAUAUUUUACCCUGAAUCAUGGGCCCAUGCCCGGCCUUAUAGAGCUACGCUAGAGGGCAUAGGACCACUACAGCGGGACAUGAUCGUAGAUGGAGAUAUUUGGAAGGACGAAGUACUUGACUCGCCUUUGAUGGAACGAGGUUGGGUGUUCCAAGAGCGUCUUUUAGCCCCAAAGGUUCUUCAUUUUGGUAUGCGGCAGCUAGCUUGGGAGUGUAACGGUCUUAGUGCACUUGAAAUGUUCCCUCGCGGCUUGCCAAGAGGACUCGAGGUUCUCUCCAAGCAGCAGGUCUAUCUAUCUACAAUGGUACCAAAGCAAAAUACCACACAAGCCAACUUUCGAGAAUGUUGGCAGCAGCUUAUUGCGCAAUAUUCAGCAUGCAAACUUACCUUCCAUACAGAUAAGUUAGUGGCUUUUGCCGGCAUUGCUAAGAUUAUUGAGGCGAGGCGAGGCGAUAUGUAUAUCGCUGUCAAACACGCGCCCGCGCACCGAGUUGGUCUUGGCUGUCAUUAG